AUGGCAAACCUGCAGCUCGGAGAGUCUUCCCAUUUCUCCUCCUUCCAGCUCUCCAUCCCCUUGACGAUCACAUUGGCCACCAUCCUUCUAACCUUCAUAAUCCGAAUUGGGCUCGGAUUAAGAUCCAGCAGCCCAGCCAGAUCCAAGAAGAAACCACUCCCACCAGGCCCAUGGAAGCUCCCGAUCAUCGGAAACAUCCACCAGCUGGCAACCUCCCCGCUGCCGCACCACCGCCUCCGAGACCUGGCCCAGAAACACGGGCCAGACCUCAUGUACCUCCAGCUGGGCCAGUUGGCCCACGUCGUGGUCUCCAGCCCGGAAGCCGCCAGAGAGGUGAUGAAAACCCACGACCUCAGCUUCGCCUCCCGGCCCAACCUCCUCGUCUCCGACAUCGUCCUGUACGGCCGCAUCGGGCCCUACGGCGAGCACUGGCGCCAGAUGCGGAAGGUCUCCGCCGUCGAGCUGCUCAGCGCCAAGCGGGUCGGAUCCUUCCGCCCAAUCCGCGAAUCCGAGGUCGCCAAGCUGGUCGCCGGCAUCACGCGCGGCGGAGCGGCGGGGGAUGUCGUCAACGUCAGCCGGAUGCUGGCGGCGACAUCCAGCGGGGUGACUUUCAGUCUCUCAAUGAAUUUAGCCACUACUUUCAGGGCGGCGUUUGGGAUGGAGAAGGAGGUGAAGGAAGCCCUGUUCGUGAAACUGGUGACGGAUGUUACCGACGCCGUGGCGGCUUUCCGGGUGUCGGAUCUAUACCCGUCUCUGAAGUUCCUGCCGUCGUUGACCGGGUACCGUGCUCACCUUACGAGGAUGCAUUUGGCGGCGGAUGAGAUGCUCGAGGAGAUCAUUAGAGAGCAUAAAGUAAAGCGAGAAGGAAGGAAGGAUUUAGAUACGGAGGACUUAGUUGAUAUUCUUCUCAACCUUCAGGAGAGCGGUGGGCUUGGAUACCCCAUCACCAUCAAUGACAUCAAAGGUGUCAUUUUCGAGGUGUUUCUAGCCGGUACCGAAACUUCAACCAGAACGGUAGAGUGGACUCUGUCGGAGAUGAUAAAGAAUCCCAGAGUGAUGAAAAAAGCGCAAGAAGAAGUGAGACGAACUUUUGGCGGAGAAGGAGUUGUCAAGGAAGAAGGUCUUCACGAGUUGAAGUACUUGGACUGUGUUAUUCAAGAAGGUUUGAGGUUGCAUCCGCCGCUGCCUCUACUACUCCCUAGAGAGUGUCGAGAAAGGGAAGAGAUAUGUGGCUAUGAGAUUCCGGCAAAGACGAAGGUCCUCAUUAAUGCUUGGGCUAUUGGGAGAGACUCUCGUUACUGGACGGAACCUGAUAAAUUCUAUCCCGAGAGGUUUAUGGAUUCCUCGCUCGACUAUAAAGGAACGAAAUUCGAGUUCAUUCCAUUUGGCGCUGGCAGGAGGAUAUGCCCUGGAAUUUCGUUCGGCGUGGCUCUCGUGAAAAUUAUGCUCGCGAAUUUGAUAUACCAUUUCGAUUGGAAACUCCCGGGUGGCACAGAGCCUGAAAGUUUGGACAUGACGGAACAAUUCUCAGCAUCGGUUAGAAGAAAACAUAGUCUAUCAUUGAUUCCCAUUUCAUAUGAUGCAAUCUCACCCCGAAAGACCAACUGA